AUGACCCGCAUUCUAAACUCAAUUUGUCACAUCACUCAAUCAGGCUAUAAGCCCAAAACCUUCUUAAACCCCAAAAUCCCCCUUUCUCUCUCUCUAUCGACACAAUCCAUUAUCCAAACACAGCACAGAGCAAACUCCGUUAAUGGCAGGGAGAGUCCACACACUACAAAACAGCCUAUGGAAUCUCUCUCCUCUUUCCUCCAUCAAUCCCAAACUCAAUUUCCUCAAGAAAACCACCUGUUUUCGCACAAACCCCCUUUCAUUUUCAUCAAAAUCAGCCAUGUUUUGCACCUGUUCUUCCCCCAAUUCUCAGAAUGACACUUUUGUCCUCACUACGCCUCUUUAUUACGUCAAUGCUCCUCCUCAUAUGGGUAGUGCUUACACCACAAUUGCUGCCGAUGCCAUUGCUCGAUUUCAGAGGUUGAUGGAAAAGAAAGUCAUAUUUGUGACUGGCACGGAUGAGCAUGGAGAGAAAAUUGCUACAGCAGCAGCUGCUACUGGUUCCAGCCCCAAUGAACACUGUGAUACCAUCUCUCAAGCAUAUAGAUUGCUCUGGAAAGAGCUUGAUAUUGCCUAUGACAAGUUCAUUCGAACAACUAGCCCCAAGCAUGAAGGAAUCGUUAACGAGUUUUACUCCAGAGUUCUCGCCAAUGGUGACAUUUACCGGGCUGACUACGAGGGUUUAUAUUGUGUCAAUUGCGAAGAGUAUAAGGACUCGAAAGAAUUGAACGAGGAUAAUUGUUGCCCUAUUCAUCUUAAGCCGUGUAUAGCUAGGAAAGAAGACAAUUACUUUUUUGCUUUGUCAAAAUACCAAAAACAAUUGGAAGACCUCCUGGAGCAGAAUCCUGAUUUUGUACAGCCUUCUGCUCGUCUGAAUGAGGUCCAAGGCUGGAUAAAGACUGGGUUGAAAGAUUUCUCUAUUUCCCGAGCAGCAGUUGACUGGGGUAUUCGUGUUCCUGGUGACAAUAGCCAAACAAUAUAUGUUUGGUUUGAUGCAUUACUUGGUUAUGUAUCAGCAUUAUUGGAAAAUGAGGAGCAACCUAGUUUACAAGACGCAGUUGCUUCUGGCUGGCCUGCUUCACUUCACUUAAUUGGCAAGGAUAUUUUACGCUUUCAUGCAGUUUAUUGGCCAGCCAUGCUGAUGUCAGCCGGAUUUAGCCUUCCAAAAAUGGUUUUUGGCCAUGGUUUUUUGACAAAGGAUGGCAUGAAGAUGGGGAAGUCUUUAGGCAAUACUAUUGAGCCAAAUGAGUUGGCGCAGAGGUUUGGAGCUGAUGCAGUUCGGUAUUUUUUCCUGAGGGAAGUUGAAUUUGGAAGUGAUGGGGAUUACUCAGAGGAUCGUUUCAUCAAUAUCGUUAAUGCACAUCUUGCCAACACAAUUGGAAACCUUCUCAAUCGUACACUUGGACUUCUCAAAAAGAAUUGCCAGUCAACUUUAGCUGUUGAUUCUGCUAUUGCUGGUGAAGGGAACGAAUUCAAGUUCAAAGUAGAGAAAUCGGUUGAGAAGGCUAGUACUCACUAUCAAAAUCUUUCGUUGUCAUCUGCUUGUGAGGCUGUAAUGGAAAUUGGGAAUGCUGGCAAUGUUUAUCUGGACGAGAAUGCACCAUGGUCUCUUUUCAAGCAAGGGGGGCCUGCUUCAGAAGCUGCUGCUAAGGAUCUCGUAAUCAUAUUGGAAGCUAUGCGAAUCAUUGCCAUUGCAUUAUUGCCAGUUGCUCCAAGCUUAUGUUGGAGAAUAUACUCUCAGCUUGGCUACUCAGAAGAUGAAUACAAUGCUCUGACUUGGAAUGAUACAAAGUGGGGCGGUCUGAAGGCUGGGCGUCUCAUGCCUGAAGCGAAACCCGUCUUUGCUAGGAUCGAGCUCAUUGAAUCAGAUGAUGUAGGGGUUCAACCAGUUAAAAAAACUUCGAAGAACAAAGGAAAGAAGGCUGCUAAAGCUCAAAGUGGUUAAAUGCCUGGUAUUCUAAGGUUGCGGAUUUUAUUUUGUUCAACAUUUAAUUUUGUAUUAUUAUGGUUACAAUCUCUGGCGAGCUCAAUUUUGUUCUAAUUACAAGAUACUUCGUAUAUUUUUUUUUGGGAUCUUUGGACUUGAAGCCAACAUCUGGUACGGAAUAUAUGUUUUAUUUUUUUCGAAUAUGUAAAAAAUUUCACCAAUAAAUUUACAUGCUUUUAAGCUUAA